CCGUAGCGCUGCGAAGGGCGGGGUUUGAGGGGCGUCCCGGAAGCGGAAGUGCGCCUUCCCUUUUCCGCUCCCAGUAGCAGAGAGCCGUAGCGGUUGAAACGAGCUGAGCCCGCGCCGGAGUCAUGCCUCGCAAGAUUGAGGAGAUCAAAGACUUCCUGCUGACAGCCAGGAGGAAGGAUGCAAAGUCUGUCAAGAUCAAGAAGAACAAGGACAAUGUGAAAUUCAAGGUGCGCUGCAGCCGGUACCUUUACACCUUGGUCAUCACAGACAAGGAGAAGGCAGAGAAGCUGAAGCAGUCCCUGCCUCCAGGUUUGGCUGUGAAGGAGCUGAAAUGAACUGUUUGCACCUAGAUUUCUCCACGUUUAUUACAAUAAAAAUUGGAACUGUU